AGACUGACCAUGCUGGGUGGACGGAUCCACUGCUGCCAGGCUAGAAAAUGGCUGAUUCUUGAUGUUGACCAGUCUACAACAGAGGAACGACUGGAGAUGAUUUGAACUAAAAACAAAGCCUGUACAUUUUUCCCCUCAAACUGUAGUAUUAGAUCCAGAUUAUGACAGACUCUGAAGCCUCAAGUCUUGGGGAGAAUCCCCCGCCCUACAUGAUCUUUGUGGUGGUGUUCCUCUUCUUCCUCACUGGACUGCUGGGCUUCCUCAUCUGCCACCUGCUGAAGAAGAAAGGCUACCGCUGCCGAACUGGAGACAUGGACGAUGAAGAAGAGGAGAAAGUUGGAGGAAAUACAGAUGAGGAGGAUGAAGAGAACCAGGAUACAGUGGAGCAAAUCCUCAAGUGCAUCAUUGAAAAUGAAGCAAACAUGGCAGCUUUCAAUGAGAUGUUGGGAAACCAAAAUGUCUGUGUGCGCCAUGACCCCAGGUUGCGUAAGGACUCAAUUGGUGGUGUUCCUCCCCAUCACCACACAGUCCACUCAGGCACCGACCACAACUCCUGCCACCUCUGUGCUCAGGUUCAAUCUAAGAAGGGCCGCAGACAAAGCAGAACCCCCCGAUUCAGACAACGGCCUGGAGAACAGACCGUAUUCUCUGUUGGCAGAUUUCGGGUGACGCACACUGAUAAGAAGCUCCACGGAGGUUCGAAUCCAUUGGUCAUUUCAGGGGACCAGCUGGACCAAUCCCAGGAUAGUGAGGAGCAGAAGGAGGGCGGUUACAACCUGAGGAGCAUGUUCAAGGAUGUCCGGACCUCCUCAGCGAGUGCCAAUGGGGUCGUCCCAAAUGUGGGGAAGCGAAGGAAGAGUGUGACCAUAUUUGGGUUGAGGCGGGGCAGCGAAACUGUUAGCAAUAAAGAGGUGGAGGGGACAGGUUGGGAGGCCGGAGGCGUUAAAUUUGCCAUUCAGAAGCAACCUAUUGUAUUAGAGGAGCUGGUAAAGGCAGAGAACAUUGAGAUUGCUUCUGAAUGUGGUACUAAAUGUGGUUCUACACCUGGAACUGAGCUCUCACAGAAUGAAAUGGCUGCUCCACUGCAAAGUGAGGUUGAAACAUCAGGUUCUGUUAACUCUCCCUCUUUCCAAAGUAAGAAACAACCACAUGACUUUAGCUCUGGUCCUGAACCUCGUAUGAACCUAAAAAUUCAACCUUCAGUUGGGAGUACGGCAAUCUCUGCCCUGAGCUCAGUUCUCAUUUCAUCUCCCACUAUGCCCGGACAGACAUAUACUGCAACAGAGAAACAGGGACAUGGUGGAGACAAAAUUAUGAAAAAUGAACAGGAUUAUGAUCCUGGGCCUCUACAGACUUCUACACCAAUUAUCCCUAUGACAGGAGCCAUUCCAGGUUUUACUCCUGUCAUUCCUGCUGGUCAGAGUGAAUCCUGUUCAAGCACAGUUUUUCAAGUCAACCAGACUCCCCCUCACCCAAGCUCCAGUCCAGUUGUUGGACACGACUUUGAUGCUAGCCUAGCUUUUAUAGGUUUAGGCUCAUCACAUCAGUUUUCAUUCCCAAUCAAGACCCCAUCUUCAACUUCUUUGUUAAAAACGCCUACAUCACCUCAGACUGUCAUGUCUAGCCCUGAACUCAGCUCAAGAAAUAAACCACCAGAGGCUACAAAAACAGCUCGAUCACCUGCCCUCACUCCAAGCCCCAAACUCCCAUCAGGUCAAGAGAUGUCCAGCCAAUCAAAUAUCGCCAGUCCAUUAGAAGCCCAAACUCUCUUACCUACUCUAAGUAGCAGCCCCAAACUUGACACAUUUCCUGUAUCAUCACAACAACACAACAUCACAACUCCCUCCUCUGCUCCAACUGGACAAAACCCAGGUUUCAGAAGUUCAUCUCCUUUGAAGUCAGAAAGUGUCAUGUCUGUAAAAUCAAUGACCACAGGUGAUAUGGUUUCAAGCCCACUAUCUAUAAAGGAAGAAGAGCAAGCCAGAGAAGAGAAGACUGAAAAAAAGAUGCUUGGGAUUCUCAAAACAGCUGAACUUUCACCAGUUGAAGGAGGUGUUAAAGGUCCUGCCCUUUCCUUUCCCUCUGAUCAUGUUCAUAAAGAUAGACAAAGCAGUUUUCAUCUGUCACCCUGCAGCCCAUUGUCCACCUCCGCAUCAGGAGGGAGCACAAUAAGUAGUAUGACUGUCAUCAAAGCUAGCCCUGAAAGCAAGAGAGAGUUUUCUGUUGUCACUAUGAUGGAGGAUGAAGAAUCCACUUCAUUAUCAAAAGACCCGAAAAGAGAAACAUGUAAAGUUGGGGCUGAAUUUGAGAAAGUUGAAUUUAGUCCAGCAGUUGGUCAGGGAGAAAAGUUUUCUGUUUCAGGUAAGGGGCAACCUGACAGUCAAAGAGGAGAGACUAGGCUGAUGUUGAGCCAAGAAAAAGAAGACAUGGUCGAGAUGGAAGAUAUAAAAGACUGCAAGGUGAUGCAGUUGCAAGAAGCAGAGAGAGUGAGGGAGGAGGUGGAGAAGACGGUAGACACUCUGUUGACACAGGACUGAGAGUUGAAUUCUCAAGAUGGUGAGAAAUUGAAACCAUGUGAUAAUCCAAAGAAAGAAGUAUGGCACCACUCAGCUGACUAAAGGAAAGGAAAAGUGAAUAAACACUCCUUCGAUCAUUUAACCACAGCUGAACAUAUUGCACUAAGACUGGACUGGCAGGUUAGGGUCAGUUGUGGAAAGUCACCAAUGAUUUCACACCGAUUUUGAACCCAACACAGCUAACCUUUUUAUAUAACAUGUUUUUGUGUUUUAGCCUUUUCUAGCGAUACUAGUCACAUGGUUCUAAGGAUGGAAAUGUCAGUUGACUUUGGCCUAGGCUAAUAUAUCCUAACUGUUGGUCAAUCAGUGGUACCCAGGUGAUGAAUUAAUCUGACUAUUUAUGAUUUCCCGAUUGUUCCUCUAACACCAUCAUGAGGUUAAUGUUAGUAAAUUAUCUCAAUAGCCAUUAAGCUGUAUCAACAGGAUGAUGAAUAGUAAUGAUGUUUUGAGAUAUCUACAUUAUUCAUUCCAACAACCUUGGUUGUUACUCUUACAGUCAGAAGGUAAACUUGUUAACUACUGCUGUUGUCCUUCAGUCAAGUCAAGAUUUCUGGCAAAUUUCUUGAGUUAUUUUAUGAUUUUAUUUGUUAUACUCCCUUUGCCUUGUUUAAUUCCUAGCUGGUGAUUAGGCAAUAGAUCCAGAGAAUGAAUGGAAGCUUGUUGUUAUCUAAAAGCAAUUAAAGGUUCAGUGUGUAGAAUUUAGUGAAAUCUUGUGGGGAAAUUGCAUGUUGCAGCUGAAUACCCCU